UGGUGCUGUCAAUAUCUUCUAUUUCGCAUCUCCUUAAUUUAUCUACUAGAAAUUAUUCUGGUUCGGUUAAUCUACUAACUUGAUUUGCAGGGAAAAUUUGAAGAAGCGAUUAAGGAGUGCAAAAAAAGGCAUUAGAAUCAAAUCCUAGGUACACAAAAGUCCUGCUACGAAUGGCCGAGUCACAUGAAAAGCUUGAACACUAUGAAGAGGCCAUUGCUGAUAUGACAAAAAUCUUGGAGUUGGAUCCAUCAGAAAGCCAAGCUGGAAGAGCCAGUAUUCGUCUAAAGCCACUGCCAGAUGAGAAGCGUGAAAAGAUGAAGGAUGAAAUGAUUGGAAAACUGAAGGAAAUGGGCUCCAUUUUUGGGCAUUUUGGAACGUCUGUAGACAACUUCAAAGCUGUCAAAGAUCCUGAGACCGGUUCCUACUCUCUUUCAUUUCAGAACUAGUUUUAGUGCCUUCUUUUGUAUUAUCCAUACGUCAGACAGAAUAUUCAUGAGCUGUAAAUUUAAGGAUAUGAACCAAAGAACUUGCCUGCUAUGAAUCUUAUGAUCAAUAGUUUGCAUCAUAAAUUCAGAGAUCAAG